GCUGGACACGGUGGACAGUAGCAGGGCAGGUUGGAUGUAACGGAUAUGGUCCUGGAUGGAUAUGAUUCUGGAAUGAGGACUGGACUGAGGAGAGAGGAGAAGAAAAGGCACUUAAAGUCAGACCUAUGCCCCCUCGCCGACAUCUUGGGUCUCUCACAAACACUCAAGCACAGCAAGACAGAUGUGUGAAAACACACACCACAAAGCAUCGCACAGCGAGAAACAAAGGAGCCACAACCAACCCAUUUGCUUCUAUGGGAAGAUGCAUUCCGUGCUGCUGAUGGUGAUUUUGACCAGCGCAAUGGUUGUAGGUGUGUGUGAGCCAGUGCAACCUUUGGCAGAUGCAGCACAAAGGUGUUUUAUUGGUCCUGUGGACCCUCACACCCAUGUGUUGCUGACCUCAGACACAGCUUAUCAGCUCGUGAACACAUCCUGCAGCUUCUCCCAGGCCUGGCAUUUCUGUCAGAGUCUCUUCAGCUCCCUCACUGUGCUGGGUAACCGAGAAGAUGAAAUGGGGACCAGGCAGGUUCUCAAUCAGGCCAAUAUGCAGAGUCCUGUCUGGAUGAGAAUCAGCAACGGACACCCUCCCACAACCACGCAGACCCUUUCCAAACAGAGAGGCUUACUCUCGGCACUCUCCUUCAGCGGAGCCUCCCGGGACGGACACGCGCGCGCAGCCGCCACUUUCCCGCCACUGGCGGCCGCAAGCGUGUGUGCGCGCGUGCAGUUCGACGGGCUCCACCAAAGCGUGUCCGCGCUGUUCUCGUACGCGACGCGCGCACUCACCAACGAGUUCCAGCUGCGCGCGCGCCCCGACGAAAAGCGGCAGCGCGUGCUGCUAGCGCUGAUCGUGCACGGACGUCACCACGCGUACCGGGCCUCGUUCCCGAACGACGCGCGCUGGCACCAUGUGUGCGUCACGUGGCGCAAGAGCGACGGCUCGUGGGCGGUGUACGUGGACGGAAAGAAGGGGGACGGGGCCGAGGGGAGCGAACCGAACCGGGACAUGCACGGGAACGGGAUCUUCAUCCUAGGGCAGGACCAGGAUUCGUUUGGCGGGAACUUCACGGAGCCGUUUGUGGGCAAUAUAACGGAUGUAAACGUUUGGGAUGUGACGCUGAACAACGAGCAGGUCCGGAGGCUUGAGGUGUGCUCGCGCCCAGUGGAGCCAAAGCCGUUUUUAGGCUGGCACGAGCUCAACCUCACCCUCCACGAGGUGACGGAAGUACCUGAGGUGAUCCCGUGCCCAGGUCUGCUAAAGCAGGAGCCUCAAAAGCAGGAGGACUGUAGAAUUUUGGACAGCUGGGCUCAAGGUGUACCUCAGUAUAGCACUUCCCCUUGCUCACACACCCUCCCCUUCAUCUGCAAAACCAGCAAAGAUCGCUACAUGAAGAAAAAGGAGAUGGAGGAAUCUCUGACUGCUCAUCCAAGUCCCUUCAUGCAACACCUCUCACAGCAUGGUGUGACUACAAAUGAUGUCCUUGGCAAGCCUGGAGCGGACAGAAGCUGGUCUUCUGUCUCAAACUUGUUGAACAUCUCUGAGCGGUACCUGCGGGAGUCCCGGGAGCAGCUGGAGAGCAGGGAUUUUCCCUCUCUGGUGCAGAUACUCUCUCAAGCUGCUGAGCUGCCUAGUGCAGACAACCGGAGCCAUGUCACUGCACACACGCUCAGCCGCAACUUCAUUGGACUCGCAGACGCACUCAUCAGCCAGGAGAAUGCCAACAAAUGGCAUGCCAUCAGAGAGGUGGUGAGCGGACCAAUGGCUGUUGUGCAAACCAUUGACCGUAUGGUGACCAACCUCAGCCCCCUGCUCCUGGAGGAUGCAGACAGUGCUCAGUUCCACUUCAACAAUAUCAGAUUGCAGGUCCAACAGAAGUCUGUGUCAGAGAGUUCUGCAGGUUCUGAAUUUUGCAGUGCAAAUCUGACCAAUCACUCUGAACUUGACUGCAUCUCUGUCCCACCUCAAAGCAUUCAGGAGCUCUACAACAAUGGGUUUCAAAAAGUGACUGUUUUGAGUACGUGGUACAACUCUUUAACACCACUUAUGAACACAGAGGAGAACGUCACAACCUUCCCAGUCAUCACUGACAGCUCAGUGAAGUACAUGGGGACUGUUCUGGGCUCGUCAGUGAUCUCCAGCGCGGUGAUGGGGAAUGGACAGCUCAUCAGCCUGGGUGUCCAGUACACACUGCGACACCGCAGUAAGAAUACUUCUGGGAUGCAUUAUAAUCCAGUCUGUGCUUUCUGGGACUUUAGCCUCAUGCCAGAGGAUGGAGGAGGAUGGUCCACUGAGGGCUGUGAGAUCAUUUCCUCGGCACAGGACUCUACUUCAUGUUACUGUAACCACACCACCAACUUUGCCUUGCUGUUACAGAUAUAUGAUGUUCAGAGGAGCCAGGAGAACGAGAAAGGCCUACAGAUUCUUAGUUUUAUUGGCUGUGGAGUGUCUCUGUGUGGCCUGAUCUUUACCUUCAUCCUCUUUGUGGCCGUUGGUGUCCCAAAGUCAGACCGCACCACAGUGCAUAAGAACCUGAUAGCAGCGUUGGCUAUAGCUCAGCUGCUGCUGAUCUUCAGUUAUUGGGCCUCUGCCAACCAGGAGCUGUGUCUGCUGGUGACUGCUCUCCUUCACCUGUUCUUUCUGUCCUCUUUCUGCUGGAUGCUGGUGGAGGGACUGCUGCUCUGGAGUAAAGUUGUCUCUGUCAACAUUAGUGAGGACAGGAGGAUGAGGUUUUACUACGCUCUCGGCUGGGGUUUGCCUGUUCUCAUAGUUGCUAUAACCUUGACGGUCUCCCUGAACAAGUACAAGGCAGAGCAGCACUGCUGGCUGAACACAGAGUCAGACAUUAUUUGGGCUUUUGUGGGGCCAGUACUGUUCGUGCUAGCGGUGAACACUGUGGUCCUGUGUCGCGUGGUGGUGGUGACGGUGUCCAGUGCUCGCCGGCGGGCGAAAAUGCUGGCUCCCAGCUCUGUUUCCAAACCCCAUACUCUGGACCUGACCUGGGCAGCAACACGGCCUGUGCUGAUUCUGCUUCCGGUCCUGGGCCUCACCUGGCUGUGUGGAAUUCUGGUGCACCUCUCAGUGGUUCUGGCGUACCUGUUCAUUAUACUCAAUGCAUUUCAGGGGUUGUACAUAUUUCUGGUAUAUGCUGUUUACAACAGUGAGGUGCAGAACGCCAUAAAGAGAGUACAAGAGAAGAGGAAAGCACUGUCUUUCACGAACUGCUCCCAGCCAAUCAGCUUCUUGCCAUCACAGAAGACUCCUGGUGCAUCAUGGGUGGACAGCUUGCAGACUUCUUCCAGUCCAGAGAGCAGUAGCACCAGUCAUGUUACCAACUCCACAUCCAGCUCGCUCAUCUUUAAGAACGAAAGUUUUGGAAACGACAGUUUAGUGAGCUUCUCAUUUAAACCAGCUGCUGGAAAUCAGGUGGUUCAGCUGAUGGCCUUCAAACCCUCAGCCUGUUGAAGAGAGGACACUAGUGUGAAGUACAUGUGCUCAUGACCUACCCUGGGGCGAUGGCAUAACUCAUGCCAGCACACACACACACACACACACACACACACACACACACACACACACACACUUACCAGAGCAGCUGGAGAAGAGUCUGCCUCCCCCACACACCUUUGCAUUCCCAGGCUAACAGUGAGACGGUGCUGGUGCUCUUGGGAGAGCCAGCGUCUGUGUGAUAAUGUGAGAAACUGCCCAGUAAGCGAGUGAGCUGAGCUUACUGUCUGACUGUGAGCUUUACAGCAUUCUGUCUUUUUCUUUUCAUUCUAUUAUAUAAAGUCACUUUUUCAAAUAUCUGGAAUCACAGCUAUUAAUAAUACAAAUCUUAAUUCAUUUAUAGAAGAUGCAGUAUAUAGACAGUAUGUACACUUAUAGGAGCUUUUAUGAUAUCCCAUUUUAAAUCCAUAAACAUAGGCAUUAAUAUGGAUCCCUUUUGCAAAUUUAAUGCAGUAUGUACUUUACUUUAAAUAAAUACAAAUAAAAACAGUACAGUAGUAUUUUUUAAAUGUCCUGUUAAUAAAUAAACUAGAAAUCUAAAAUACAACCUAAAGGCUAGUUUAUAAGAUGUUAUUAAUAUUAAAAUAAAAGAUGCUUGUGUUAAAUGUGAUCCCAAAUGUUUGAAUGGUAGCUUUGUGGCAGGUCUCAUCACAUCACGUUACAUUUUGACCAGACAGCCUUUUGCUGUUGCUGAGUAGAGUUACCUGUGGAUGUGGUUGAAUAAUUAAUGUAGAUACAGUUUACAGCUAAUUCUGUGCUGAAAGUUCAGAACAAUGGAAAACCUAUCAAUCUGCCACCUAUCAACACUUCUGAUUAUUUCUGCCACUCAAAACCCUCUAAAAUAUAAAGAAAAAUACAGGAGAAGGAAAGACCUUAUGGUUUUCUGACUGUUACAUAUAAGCAAUGUCAUUUUAAAGCAUUUUAGCUGGUUUAUUUAUCAUGAAAUUCUGAUACAGUAUAAAGAACAACUGCCAGUAGUACAAAAGAAAAAAAAUGAAUACAAGAGUUUUUUUUGUUUUGUUUUUUUUACAUGACUGCAACAAUAUUUUCAAAAAGACACGCUCCAGUAUUAGUUAGCCUAUAAAAUGGGCUGAGACUAACAUGUAAAUGAGAGCAAGAAUAGGCACUUUUGGAAUAAGCAAGGUGUAGUCAAGUGUAGCCUUACACAAGCUGCCUUGUGUUUCUGGUACCAGUAGUUGUCUCUAAACAAUCAAAAAGAAGUGUUCUGGCAUGUUGUGUUAAAAAAAUAAUGGAGAUGAUGUUUAUAUAUUCUCCAGACUGUAAAUUAUAUGUGCGUUUCUUUUCCACGCCGGAAAUGAUGAUCAUUAAUUACACUGACAGUAAUGGAAAUCACUGUAAAUAAAACUGAUACAAAAACUCAGGAGCACUGGCCUGAUUUUACAUGAUCUAAAUUAUUAGUAAUUCAGAGAUUUAUCAUUACCCACACAAAAGAGAAAAUUACCCCAGGAUCCCCUGAGAAACUAAUCAUGUCUGGAUAGGGCUUAAGGCAACAACCCCUAGGUUACCAAUCUUGUAAAAACAAUUAUGAAGCAAUAAUGAUUUUUUUAAAGGGGUAGGGUGGGUUGUUGUACGAAAUGUUUAAUUACUCUUAUUAAGACUGAAAGCUUGAUAUUUUUAAACUUUUAAAUUAAAAACUAAAGGUGGACAUGGUCUGGAUUAAAAAUAAUGGGAGAUUCAUUUAUACAAAUACAGAGUUAAACGUCCAUUACUUGUGCUGACCUUAAGCCACAGCCAUCUAUAACUGGUCAUCCUCUGGAAUCUAACUCUGUUUUUUAUUCUCUGUAGGUUGUUAUCCCCCUUAUCACUCAUUGCAACUAUUCUAGUCAGUUUAAUUCUGUAAGCUGGUGUAACAGAACUAGCUUUAGUAUUCUCCUCCAAGUGUGAUAAGCUGUUCAAUGUUCAAAGAUCUUAAAGUUGCAAUUGGCUGGUUUCAUGUAGUGCUGGGCGGUAUGCAUAUCACAGUAUUUUGCAAGAUUCUGACGGUUUUACGGUAUACGCGGUAUACGGUGUUAUUAUUUAUUUAUACUUUUUUGCACAACUGGGUUUAAAUAUACAUUUGUGACUUACUGUACUGCUAGGAGUACAUGGGUUCACUUCUUCCCACAGAAUUACACAAUAUAUGAAGAAAUCAGACUUCAUAAGCAGAAAAACAGCUGAACAGACCUUAUAAAGAAAUACACUAACAACUUUAACAUGGCUUCCUAUACAGAACUAAAUAUAUUAAACACUAUAAAACACUAUAUUCCAUAAACACUAUAAAUGGUCCUAAAAUACUUAAAAUGUAAGUAUUCAAAGAUAUAUUUUUAAAAAACUUUAUUGCUAAAACAUAAGUUUAUCAGUAUACAGUGUGUUAUUAUUGAAGCCAUUGUAGGCAUUAUUUAAGUAUUUAAGCAGCUGUUUAUCAGUUUCUCACAAUUAAAUUAAUUUAGUUCAGUGGGCAUUGAUACUAUCCUUCACUAUGAAUAUAUUUAAACAGGGCUAUAGUUACUGAUAUUUUAAGCAGCAGAAGCUGCAGGAGUUCUGUUUCUGAGUUUCUCCAGGCAAGACGGAGCGUGAGGCAUGAGAAAAAGGCAUACCGGUUCUGAAUACCCAUCCGCUAUACAGUAUGAACCGGUAUACUGCUCAGCACUAGUUUCAUGCUAGCCUCCAGCAUCCCAUCACUAGUAGCAAAACUGUGUUGUAAUUAGAGGGAAAAAAAUGUAUCCUAAAAUUGAUUUAUAACGCCACAAUAGUGUGACUCGUACCAGUAAUGAAGUUUUCUUAUUUAAGCUGUAUAUCUCAAAAUCUUACCCCCCUUAAAUGAAUAUUAGUCAUAAAUUAAUUAAAGUGCUUAGCCAUAUAGCAGAUGUUGUGAAUGGGGGAGUAUAAACUGAAUUUUAAAUGGCCUAAUAUCUAUUGUGCCUCACAGGGCCGAGACACACACUCUGUCUUUGUGCGCUUGCGAAAGGAUGGCAACACGUGUGAAUGUUUUGUGACCUUCACAUAGCCUUUCUAUAGAAAUCCACUGGAGAGUCUCUUAGAGGCGGCCUGGAGGACGCGCCUUUCUCCUCCUGCACUCAAACAAACACAGCCAUUCAAAAUAAGAUUGCUUUUUUUAGACACACGCGCACACCGUUUUCCCUUUCACUGCUGUCAAGUCGGCAGCACCCACUUUGGAAAUAAUUUCAGAAACAUGAUUGUUUUGAUUUAUUUCUUUAUUAUUUAUUCACAUUUCGAUAAGAAAUAAAGCACUUUGCAGUCUUAUAA